GCGCCGCCCGCCACUACAACAGCGCCCCGUCCGCACAUCUCCACGUCCGUCGCUGCAUCCACCGCACGCACACACAUCCCGCGACACACACCAUGGGCAAAGCGGAAGCCGGAAGCACGAAAUGGGUCGCCAACAAGAUGAAGUCCAAGGGGCUGCAGCGGCUGCGCUGGUGGUGCGAGCCCUGCCAGAAGCAGUGUCGCGAUGCCAACGGAUUCAAGUGCCAUGUGCAGAGUGAGAGCCACGUCCGCAACCUGCAGAUUGUCGGCGAGGACCCCAAGAAGUUUAUCAACAACUUUAGCAACGAUUUCCAGAGGGAUUUCAUCAAUCUGCUCAGGACGGCGCAUAAUGAGAAGUGGAUUUCUGCGAAUAAGUUCUACAACGAAUACAUUAGGGAUAAGGAGCAUGUUCACAUGAAUGCUACCAAGUGGAGCUCGCUUACGGAAUUCACCAAACAUCUUGGACGGGAGGGCAUUUGCCACGUAAAGGAAGACGAAAAGGAUGGUUUGAUGAUUGCAUGGCGGGACACCAGCGCUGCAGCAGUGACCAGACGCAAAGAAAUCGCAGAGUUGGAAGCUGCCGAAGCGCGGAGUGGAGCCGGCGAAGACAAGAUGCUGAAGAAGAUGGCGAAGCGUGCGCAGGAAGAAGCGGAAGCCAAAAAGGCCAUUGAAGCAAAACGAGCGGCAGCCCAGGCAGCGAUACAGCAACAAGUCACGCCUCCAGCGGAAGAAGCGGCGUCGGCAGAAGACAAGAAGACCGACUCGCCGACUGAAGAACAGAAGGAAGAGGAAACAAAGGCUGAAGCAGCACCUGUCAAACUCAGUUUCGGCCUCAAGGCAAAGGCUGCGCCAGCGAACAAGGCUGGUCUGGGACAAAUGAAGAGCCAAAGCAUAUUCAAGCGGAAGAAGGACGAUGCGUCGGAGCAGAAGCCUGUCAAGAAGGUCAAAUUGUAGUGAGGAGGUUAUCUUGGUUUUGAUGAGCAUAGCGCGGCGUUUGGGCAUCAUGGCACGAUUUACGUACCGGGUUGGUACGAUGAGUUUGAGUUUGAUAUUACGGCAAUAGUAUGAACUACGAGAUU